GCAUUUCAGAGCGCGUGUGAGCUGUUGGAGGGACGAGCCACCUACAGUGAGCUGUGUAUUCCCAUGUGUGUGGUACCCGCUACUAUUGCCAACAAUGUACCGGGGUGUGACCUCAGUCUAGGAGCAGACACCGCUCUCAACCAGAUAUGUGAAGCAUGUGAUGAUCUGAAGCACUCUGCCUUCAGCGUACAAAACUGCGUCUAUGUGGUGGAGGUGGGCGGGGAGAAAUGCGGUUACUUAGCAACGCUUGCCGGCAUCACAUCUGGAGCUGACGCGGCUUACAUCAAAGAGGAGAAGUUCACGGUCAGAGACAUUCAGGAACGAAGAGGCCAACGCCAACAUCACCACUGACUUCAUCUAUCGAGUCCUGAGUGAGGAGGGAAAAGACGCAUUUAUCACCAGGAAGGCGGUGUUAGGCUACACCCAGGAGGGGAAUGUGGCCUCACCUCACGACCGCUUCCAUGGUGUGGCUGCUGGCUGUAUGACUACAUGCUGGAUGGUACAGGCUAUGGAGGAGUCUGGAGUGAAAGAUGGUGAGACGAAGGGGGAUUGAAAGGAAGAAGGGAGGGGGAGGAGAGGGGGAUAGGUGGGAGAGAAGCAGGAAAGGUGAGGGGGAGAUGAGGAUGGAGAUUUAAAGCAGUAUGAUUCCUUGCUGGAUGGAGUGUGGAGUGAAAGAUGGUGAGACAAAGGGAGAUAGGAAGGAGGGAGGGAGGGAAGGAGGGAGGGGAAUGAGAAGAGGGAGAGAGGGAGAG